CGUGACCAGGAAGUACUCUACCAUGAUAGUAACGCGCAGGAUGGAUUUUUUAUGAUUAGAAAACUGUUUGACAAGUAUGGAAAAAGUCAGGAAAAUAUUAGUUUAUUUGUCAAAGGAUAGUGGCGUCCCUCAAUGCGUCCGUUUUGUGCAGAGCAUAACUGGACACUUUGCCAGUACGCUGGAAGACGAAGCAGAGGUUAAAUGUUCCCUGGAGAACAACCGCUUUAUCCUGUGUUCAGGGGAGACAGGAGGAAUUCCUCUCAAGAGAGCAUCGUUUUGUCCAUUCAAGCACCUAUCCAUCACAGAAGGAGCUGCGAUCCCAUUGGAUGUCCUGGACCGUGGGGUGGAUGUGGGUGUUGCAAUUCUCCUUCAGUCAGCCAACCAGAAGGUGCUGUUAACACGACGGGCAUCCGGGCUCCGAAUAUUUCCCAAUGUGUGGGUUCCUCCAGGUGGCCAUGUGGAACUUGAUGAGAGGUUAUUGGAUGCAGGCCUGAGGGAGUUGAGAGAGGAGACGGGACUGAAACUGGAGCCAGGAGAUGUUUCUCCCCAGAUUCUCGGACUCUGGGAGUCGGUGUACCCCCCCAUGCUGUCCAGGGGGUUGCCCCAGAGACACCACGUGGUCACCUACAUGCUGCUGCACUCUUCCCUGACCCACCAGCAGCUCCAGUCCGGUCUAUGCCCUGAUCCAGCUGAGGUCAGUGGCUGUCUGUGGGUAGACCCCUCUUUAGUCAAGGCCAUUGUGUAUGCUGUGGAUGGAGAGGAGGAUUCUGAGUUACCUCCGGAGGGUCUUUCUCCAACUAUAAGUGUAUCUGAAGUGUCUCCAGAGGGAAGACUCACUGAGUCAGUGCUGCCAUUAUCUACCCUGUGCAGUCGGGCUCCUGCGUUAGGCCCAGAUGUAGAAAGGGUCAGUACUGGAACCAAAUAUGCCCUUGAACUAUGGCUCAAAACUCUGGAGACCCAAGGGAGCAGUUAAUAAUUGUGUUCUCUAGAACAUUUCCAAACCGCCUGAACUGUGCUACUUUCUGGAGGAUUCCAUAACCUCAUGGGUUUGCCUUAACAACUGCAGUUGCUUUAUAGAAGCAUAAAUAUUUGCUUUGUUUGUCAUUCAUUAAUGGUUAAAGACAUGGAUAAUUUUGUAUGUUAUAAAAUGUUAUAAUUUGAAGGAAUUUUGAUGGCUCAGUUACCAUAAAAAAAUCUAAGAUACUGUAUAGUACUGUGCUCAAACCUGAGUUUAUUGCACAUUAUUUCCUCAUAUUUUUAUCCAUUUGCCACUUCAAGCCACAGGGUGGCAAUAAAGUAAAACAUAAAAUAAUAAAUAAAUAGCAAAAUGUGUA